AUGGCCAAGACGCCACAGUCGCCGCCAUGGGUGAUCCAGUUCAACCGCACGAGCAAACCCGUUCUUGUCGCCCCGUUCGAUGGAUGUCGCCGCUGGGACGAGACGCUGGACAUGCCGGCGCUUCAAGAAAAACGAUGCCUCGGCCGGGACGGAGACUGGUCCCUCAUGCUCGACGAGAGCACCAACGAGUGCUCCCUCGUGAGCUUUGCUGAUACGUCGUUGUCGGCCCCCAUCGCGAUCGCUCUCCCGCCGCUGCCCAAGGAGCCGUCAGCUGGGCCGCACCUACGGUUCGGCUGCGCGCUCUCGGGCCAAACGCCGCCCGACUGCACCGUCGUGCUCGAGAAGGUGAGGUCCCUCCUACACUGCCGCCCAGGUGAUGCCGAGUGGUCCAGCCUCCCGGUGGAGUUAGUCGAUGACAACGAUUGGUUCGACGGCCCCAUAACCCCUGGCCGCCAGAGGAAGGUGUACGCGACGACCAUGGCAUCCUUGGUGGCCGUCGACGCAUCCGGUCCGGCGCCGGUCGUCGAGAGGGCCGACAUGACGCCUCCACCGCCGUGCCCAGUGCACAAUGGAUACAAGUGCUACCCGGUGCCAUGUCCCGGUGGCGAGCUAUUCUUGGUGCGCUGCUGUCACUAUGGCUGCCCGCCAGAGGUGGUCGAUGUGAAGGUUUUCCGAUGGAAUGAUGAGGGCAGUGCGUGGGAGGCGGUGGAAACCAUCGGCGACAGAACGUUCUUUUUAGGCAGGUUCAAUUUCGCAGUCCAGUCGGCGUCUGAAGCAAGAACACAGCCCAACUGUAUCCAUGUGCUGCAAAAGGUUUGCGGUGAAUUUGGUAUUUACACCGUGUCUCUGGAUGAUAUGACCAUUCAGCUCAGCAUAGUCGAGGGAUGUGACGUUGAUUAUGAUGGUGAGGAAGUUUUCUGGGCUCUUCCCACUAGCUUCGGUCUGGAAGCAACACGAACCAUUGACACUUCUGAUGAUGUCUCCAAUGAAGUGAUGCAAACAAGAACUCAAUAUUGCUGCAGAGAAGAGGAAAAUGAGGACAUGAUGAAGACUGCCGCCUCUCUAGCGGACAGGCAGUGGUGUGAUCUCCAUAUCGACUUGUUGCAGCUACUAGUACCCAAGAUUUCAUUCAUUGAUUUCCUACACCUAAAAGCUGUCUGUAAGCAGUGGAACUCAAUUAAGAGUCCGAUCCAACAAGCAAAAGUGUCGCCAUUGCUCAUGACAACUCGGCCAACAGGAAGGACUAAGGAGGAUCUUGUCGAGGUCUUCGAUCCGGUGAGCGAGAAGAAGUAUAGCAUCAGGAUAAACAUCCCUGCUCCAGUUCUCAAAUCUGAGGGAUCACAGUUACUGCAUUUCACAAAGAAUGGCUGGGUCAUCGUGUCGAGAGGCAGCGACCGCAUGUUCUUCCUUGUGAAUCCGUUCAAGAAUUACCCUGAUGGCGGCCAUGUGAUUGCUCUUCCACCUUUGGAUGUCCUUGGCCUCAAAGGUUUGUCAUUCUCUUCCAUGCCGGGUUCACCGGACUUCGUGGUCCUCGCUGUAGGAACUACCCCAGACGGUGAAGUUGUCAUGAUACGAACAUGGCGAAUGGGAGACAAGGAUUGGAGGAAACAAUGCUUAGGUGACGACGAUGUGACCUUCCUCAUGGCAUCUCAUAGCCCCGUCUUCCUAGAUGGAGUGUUCUAUUUCCUGGACAUCAAUGGCAGACUAGCCGUCGUGGACCCGGACCUAGAUGAGAUGGAGUGGAAUGUCCUCGAAAAGCCAGAUCAACCAAUACGCGGAAGCGAUGAGGUGCAUCUUUAUGAAUGGGACUACAGCUAUUUGGUGGAGUGGAAGCAGGAGUUGAUUGCCAUCGUCAGAGAGAACGGAGAUGGCUUCAGAACAUUCAAGCUUGAUCGGUCUCACAUGGUUUGGUCCGAGUUCCAAGGCAUGGAGGAUGCGGCCGUGUUUUGGGAUAGGAGCAAUGCUCUGAUUACUGUGCCGCCUGCUGGAGAAGAUUUAUGCAACAAGAUGUUCCUCCCGAGCUAUAGUGAGAUCACCGAUGGUGGCAGGAACCAAACGUUCUACUCAUUCCGGGAGCAAUGCUACUACCCUUCCUUCUAUGCCAAGGAGCCCAUGAACGCCAUAUGGUUCCAGCCAGACUUAGACGUACUUACGUUGACUAGCCAGUAG